GGGAAUGUUGGGUUCUUGCUUCCACUCCAUUGCAGUUUUCGAUUUUUUUGUUUUCGAGAGACGGCUUGUGGGGAUCGGAGGUGGGAACUUAGUCACAAUGGUCUUCGCCCUCCUUCUCUGACUUUUCCAUUCCGUUCAUUCCAUUACCUCCUCCCAACUUUUUGUUCCCUUUCCCUUCUGGAAUCUCAUUCCGUUUGUCCUCUCCCUCACGGACUGCAAAUUUCCAGGACCAGAAAAUCCACUUCUUCGUCGUUUUUCUCCUCCAGGUCUCUUCCGAGAAAAUCCACAGUUUCGAGUCUCUCCGCCAUUAAUGCGAGUUUCUCACGUGUGUCUAUAUCUCUCGUCAAGCAAAUAUAUUCACAAAGAAGAAAGGAGAGGAAUGGUUUUCUAAUCCUUCUUCAUAAUCCAACAAUUUCCCAUUUUCUCCUGAGGAAUUCCAUUUCCGAUCGUUUAGAAAAACACCCUUUUGAUUUUUGAUCGAAUCUCGUUUGUAUCCAAUCGAGCUUCGGCGGUUUUGGGGUCCGAUGGGUUGCGCAACCUCGAAGGAAAAGCGGUGCCGGCACUGCGAAAGCGCCAUUUCUCCGAUUUCCCGAAGCUACUCGAUGCAUGUCCACCACCCGCCGCAGACCAAAGGUGACAGCAACCAUGUCGUCGCCCUCACCUCCUCCACUUUAGGUUCUCUCAACCGCCCUGAAAACAGAGUAAUUGCUAACGGAUGCGAUGAUACCAACGAGAACAUGAUCGAGCACGAGAACAAGGAAUUCUCAGUGGGACUAAUCGAAGCCAAGACGUGGUCGAAUAUGAUCGAAGCGAAAAUCCCAAAAGUUGUGCCAAAAACUCCGACCAGGACUCCGCCGGGCGAGCCGGAGACGAUCAAUACAUGGGAGUUGAUGGAAGGCCUCGAGGACAUGAGCCCUCUCAGGUCGCCAGCCCAUCACCUUCGGAGCUUUUCUUUCGACGUUGUUCGGGACCUGUGUCCGAGGCCGAUUUCCCCUUCCGACCGCCAGAAAUCGAGAUUCCAAGAAAAUGGGAACUCUCCCCCUAAGCCGCAGCCAAUGUGGCUUCAAAUAUCGGAUGACAAUGAUCAGGUGAAAUCCAAUUCUUUGAUUGCAGAUUUUGAUCCGGAUGUGAUCUCCGCGUUCCGGAAAUCAUUAUCGGAGAUCAAAUCCGAGGAAGAUCCCUUCGAUUUAGCGCAUUUGGUAGUCAGCAAGGAGCCGGCUUGGGCCUGCAAUGACGUGUUGGAGGUCCAGGACAAGAAGGGCAGGGACAGAGUGGUGUUGUACUUCACGAGCCUCCGAGGGGUACGGAAGACGUACGAGGAUUGUUGCCACGUGCGGGUGAUACUGAAGGGCAUAGGGGUCCGGGUGGACGAGCGGGACGUGUCGAUGCAUUCGGGGUUCAAGGAGGAGCUGAGGGAGCUCCUCAAGGACAGGUACAAUGUGGCUCCGCUGCCCAGAGUGUUUGUGGGGAACAAGUACGUUGGCGGAGCCGAUGAGAUUCGGCAAUUGCACGAAGACGGAAAGCUCGAAAAGUUGCUCGAUUCCUGUGAAAAAUUGGAUGGCGGUUGUGGCGGCGGAGAUGGUGGUGGAGUUUGUGAUGCUUGUGGGGAUAUAAGGUUUGUGCCUUGCGAAACAUGUUCAGGGAGCUGUAAGAUAUAUUACGAAGACAUUGAUCGCGACGGCAAAGAAGAGGAGGAGGAGGAGGCGGAGGAGGGUGAAUCGGGGUUCCAACGCUGCCCGGAUUGUAACGAAAAUGGCCUAAUACGCUGCCCCAUAUGUUGCUAUUAGUCCUAAAUUCAGGUACUGAUUAGUUUUAACCAUUUUUGUGCUUAUUUUCUUCUUCUCUUUUGGGUUUUUUUGUUGGCGAGUUGUUUGUUGUACAGUAAAGAGUUUUGGUACAUUUGAUGAGAAAAGAAAAAAAAACUGCAAUAGGAAACAGUGGAAUAAUCUUUCAAGCAGAUAUAGGUUCCCUCAACCUAUAUGAGAAAGCCUUGUAUUGUAAGACUAUAUGAACCUUUGCAAGAAUCUGAAGGCCACAUUUGAAAUGCA